AUGGUACAUGAGUACGAGGGCGGUUGGAGCAUUCAUCUGCCGGAUGCUUUGUGGGCUUACUGCACCUCACCAAGAAGUGCUACAGGUUUUUCACCUUAUUCAAUUGUGUAUGGGUCUGAUGCUAUUUCACCCGUGGAAAUCACCAUUCCUACGGCCAGAGUAUCGGUUGUCAAUGAUCUUGAAUGGGAUGCGAAGUCAUGCUCAAAUUGGCGUUUGUUAGAUCUCGAAGCCGUGGACGAAAGAAGAAUAGAAGCCAAAAGAAAAAUGGCACUUUACCACAAAAUUGUUGUCCAAGCAUAUAACAGGACCUUUAAGCCUGAAGCCUUCAAGUAA